AUGGCCAAGGCGGGGGCCUCUUCGGCGCUGGAGGACUUGGACCUGAGCGGAGAGGAGGUCCAGCGGCUCACCUCCGCCUUCAAGGACCCGGAGUUCCGGCGAAUGUUCUCCGAGUACGCAGAGGAGCUCACCGACCCCGAGAACCGGCGGCGCUACGAGGAGGAGAUCACGGCGUUAGAGCGUGAACGCGGAGUGGACGUGCGGUUCGUACACCCGCAGCCGGGCUACGUGCUGCGCACCAGUCUCAACGGGGCGCAGCGCUGCUUCGUGAACGUGUGCAGCAACGCACUGGUGGGCGCGCCCAGCAGCCGCCCCGGCCCUGCGGGCGCGGCGACCGGCAGCCAGUGGUCCCUGCCCUACAGCCUGGCUCCCGGCCGCGACUACGCUGGGGGCCGAGGCACCCGCUACACGGUCUACGACGUGGUCUUCCACCCAGACGCGCUCGCGCUGGCCCGGCGCCACGAGCGCUUCCGCCAGAUGCUGGAUGCCACGGCCCUAGAGGCCAUCGAGAAGCAAUUUAGUGUGAAGUUAGACCGUAGGAAUGCCAAGACCCUGAAGAUCAAGUACAAGGGGACUCCGGAGGCCGCCGUGCUGCGCACACCCCUGCCCGGGGGGGUCCCGGCCCGGCCCGGAGGGGAGCCGGAGAGUCCUCUCCCCGAUUUCCCCUACCCCUACCGGUUCCCGGCAGUGGCCGGGAACUCCGUGGUCCCCCGGCCCCAGGCACCCUCCCCUCCAGAGGCGGUCCUGCAGCCCGCCCCCACCGAGCCUCGCUACAGCGUGGUGCAGCGCCACCACGUGGACCUCCAGGAUUACCGCUGCUCCCGGGACUCGGCCCCUAGUCCGGUGCCCCGGGAGCUGGUGGUCACCAUCGAGCUGCCGCUGUUGCGCUCGGCCGAGCAGGCGGCCCUGGAGGUGACGGGAAGGCAGCUGUGCCUUGAUUCAAGGAAACCCGACUACCAGCUGCGGCUAUCGCUCCCGUACCCGGUGGACGACAGCCGCGGUAAGGCGCAGUUCAACAAGGCCCGGCGACAGCUGGUGGUCACACUUCCCGUAGCACUACCCGCCGCGCGCCGAAAACCUACAGCGGAGCCGGAAGAGCCCGUCUACCCGUCCGGAACUGACGGCGCGGCCUGCGCUUCCGCUCGCGAGGGGGAGGCGGGCCCCGUAGAGUCUGGUGCGGAGAUUAGCGGCCUGGAACCCGGGUUACCCGGGGCUGCGGACCUGGAGAUCGCCAGCCCAGCCGCCGCUGCAGAGGAGCUUGUCUCUAAGCCCGAGGAGCAGGACUUGGACGAGCAAGCGGUGUGGACAACGGGCAUCGAGGAGGAGCCGCCUUGCGUAGCAGGGAACUCAGCUGGGGACAGUGGAGGAGGGUCCUCUUGUGCUUCCUCUGGGGACCUUGACAGCGGGUCUUCUGCAGGAAGAGGGACUGCGCAGGGAGAUCUCACUGCUGAGACGCACGUGAUCGGGGAAGGUGCUACAUCUGAUCGAGCCAUGGGUGGUCCGAGGACGGGCAGCCGGGAACCAUUGUGUCCUCCUCUGCGGUGUAAUCAGGAUGAAGGAUCCCUGACUCUGCUAAUUCAAGUGCCCCGGAUCCAACCGCAAAGCCUUCAAGGGGAUGUGAGCCCCUUCCGGUACAAAUUGUGCUUCUCCACCCAAGACUUAGUUUAUUAUUCUUUCUUUUUGCAAUUCGCUCCAGAGAAUAAAUUGAGUACCAAAGAACCUGUGGUUAGUAUUUCUUCAAACAAUGCAGUGAUAGAACUGGCCAAAUCUCCAGAGUGCCAUGGACAUUGGAGAGAGUGGUAUUAUGGUUUAAACAACGAUUCUUUGGAGGAAAAGCUGUUUGUCAAUGAAGAAAAUGUUAAUGAGGUACUUGAAGAGGUCCUGAGCUCUCCAUGUAAACAGACAAUGUCCUUAACCCCACCAUUAAUUGAAGUUCUUCAGGUUACUGAUAGUAAGAUUCAAAUUCAUGCAAAGUUGCAAGAAUGUAGUAGCUCUGAGCAGCUUCAUGAAAAGGAAGAAAAAGUCAAUGAAGGAAGUCCCCUAACUGAAAAAGAAAAUAUAGAACAUCCUACUGCCUCAGCAACGGAUUCUGAUUCAUCCGUGGCAGUUACAGUACUAAAAACAGACACUUGUGGUUCAGUUGUGUGCUUGCAACAAGAGUCUCUUGGUGUUUCUCACAUGCCAUUUGGAAGGUCUCAGCAACCUGAGUCAAAAACGAAACCUCAAUUUAUAAAAGAAAAAAGUCCUGCUUACUCAAAUGAGGAAAAAGAUCUUUUAAAAGAACCAGUGAUAACAGAAGAGAAAGAAUUAGAUGGACACCAUCGCUCAUUACUAAAUGAAACAACAUUUCACAAUUUACCUGGUCUUGACAACAUAAAAGAAACCAAUAUGCAGGAUGGUAGUGUGCAGUUUAUUAAAGGUCAUGUGACUCAAUGUGCAUUCAGUUUUCAUAAUUCUUUGCUGUAUGACUUGGAUUAAUUCUAUAUAAUUUUAGAAUUUAAAAGUUAAGAGUAAAAUUUUUUGGACUUAAAAUAGAUUAUUUUUCUGUUAACUAUUAUCAUAAAACAAAGUAUUUAAGAAAGUAUAAAAUUAAAAUUCACAAUUUUUAUUCUAAUGGGGAAACUGGAGAUUUUUUUUGCAUGUAUAAUUUAUACAAAGUUGCCUUAAUUAUGGUGAUUUUUGUGAU